AUGCCGUAACGUCUACAUUUUCCAUCCACUGCCACUUCCCCCUUUGAUCAAGAAGAACGAGGUCGACAUUCAACAUCACACUCUUAUCUCUUCCACCCCCCCCCCCCUCUUCUUCUUCUCUACAAAACACUUCUAACACACAAAAAAAGCAACAUCUUUCCCCUAAAAAACAAACCCUAGUUUCGUCAAGGAAAGAAAGAGAGCAGACCAGCCCCUGUCGCCCGUACACAAAAAACACUUUUAAAAAAAGACGACACAACACCCUUUUCCCCGAAAGCGGAAAGAAAAGAGAUAGAAAGAGCAGAAAUCAACCCCCCGCUUCUUCUUUUCACCACCCCCGCUCCCCACUUUUACAACUACACUUCCAAGUAACGAACUCACCUACCAUAAUGUCUGCCGAGACCGAGACCAAGCCCACCGUGCCCGAGUCCACCCCGGCUCCCGCUCAGGCUCAGGAAGAGUCCAAGCCCGCUGCCACUCAGGAAUCCAGCGCCAAUGCCAGCGCUGCUGCUGCUUCUGCUCCUAGCACUGCCGCUGCUACCACUACUACCGGGACCCCGGCCAGUGCGAGUCUUUACGUCGGCGAGUUGGACCCCAGCGUCACCGAGGCCAUGUUGUUCGAGAUCUUCCACAUGAUCGGACCCGUCGCCAGCAUCCGAGUCUGCCGAGACGCCAUCACCCGUCGUUCCCUCGGAUACGCCUACGUCAACUACCUCAACGGUGCCGACGGCGAACGAGCCCUCGACAGCCUCAACUACAGCUUGAUCAAGGGGCGUGCGUGCAGGAUCAUGUGGAGCCAGAGGGACCCGGCCUUGAGGAAGAGCUCGGCUGGCAACAUUUUCAUUAAGAACUUGGACGAGGAGAUUGACAACAAGGCCCUCCACGACACUUUCGCCGCCUUCGGCAACGUCCUCUCCUGCAAGGUCGCCGUCGACGAGAACGGUCGAUCCAGGGGAUACGGAUUCGUCCACUACGAGACGGCCGAGGCCGCCGACGCUGCCAUCAAGGCCGUCAACAACAUGUUGCUCAACGACAAGAAGGUCUACGUCGGACACCAUGUCAGCAAGAAGGAGAGGAUGAGCAAGGUCGAGGAGAUGAAGGCGCAUUUCACCAACAUUUACGUCAAGAACGUCGACGAGGCCACCACCCAGGAGGAGUUCGACGGACUCUUCAAGCCUUUCGGUCCCGUCGUCUCGUGCGCUCUCCAGUUCGACGAGGCCUCGGGCAAGAACAAGGGAUUCGGAUUCGUCAACUAUGAAAACCACGAAGACGCCAAAAAGGCCGUCGACGAGCUCAACGACUCUGACUUCAAGGGCAAGAAGCUCUUCGUCUCGAGGGCUCAGAAGAGGAGCGAGCGUGACGAGGAGUUGAGGAGGAACCACGAGGCCGCCAGAAUGGAGCAGGAGAGCAAGAACCAGGGAGUCAACUUGUAUGUCAAGAACAUCAACGACGACUGGGAUGACGACCGUGUCCGAGCCGAGUUUGACGCUUUCGGCACCAUCACCUCGUGCAAGGUCAUGAGGGACGACAAGACCGGCACCUCGCGAGGAUUCGGUUUCGUCUGCUUCAGCUCGCCCGACGAGGCUCAAAAGGCUAUCGCCGAGAUGAACGGCAAGAUGAUCGGUACCAAGCCCCUCUUUGUCACCAUCGCUCAGCGAAAGGAAGCUCGUCGUGCCGCCCUCGAGUCCCAGAUCGCCGCUAGGAACGCCUCGAGGAUGCAGAUGAUGGCCGCCCAGGGUAUGGGAGGUCCCGCCGGUUACAUGGCUCAGCAGCCCAUGUACUACCCCCCUCCUCCCGGUGCUUUCGCCGGUGGAGCCCGUGGUGGUCCCAUGAUGGGUUACCCUGCCGGUGGAAUGAUCGGAGGUCGACCCAACGCCAGGUUCGGUCCUUCCGGUCAGCCCAUGGGCGGACCCGCCGGUGGGUACUACGGCAUGCCCCCCGCUGGCGUUCCUUACGGUGGCGUCAACCCGGCUUACCGAGGUGGUCAACCCGGUGGACCUCGACCCGGUGCUGGUGGACCCCGAGGUGGACCUAACGGUGCGCCUGCCGGUCCCGCCGGUAUGGGUCCUCAGGCCCGUGGACCCCAGGGUGCCGCUCGUCCUCAGCAGCAACAGCAGCAGGACCAGGCUCAGCCUCAGAAGCUCAACGCCGCUACUUUGGCUAGGGCCGCUCCUCAGGAGCAGAAGCAGAUGUUGGGAGAGGCCAUCUACCCCUUGAUCUUUGCCACCCAACCCGAGCUCGCCGGAAAGAUCACCGGUAUGCUCCUUGAGAUGGACAACUCGGAGCUCCUCCACUUGGUCGAGCAACCCUCGGCUUUGAAGUCCAAGGUCGACGAGGCCCUCGCCGUCUUGGCCCAGUGGUCUGGUGACGAGGCUGCCGAGGGCGGUGCCGCCCCUGCUACCGAGGCUGCCGCUCCCGCCGAGACUACCGCUUAAUUGCGGUCAGUCUGGGGAACAGUAGAGGAGGAUCGGUGACAACGCAAGCGAGAUGGAAAGGAAGGGGUUUCGCAUCGAGAAACGUGCAUUGUUUGCACGCAGUCGGUCUCGGGGUCUCGUUUCAUCCUUUUAGCUUUCGACUUGGGUUACUUGUUUUUUCCGCCUAGUCUCUUUUGUCAUUUGCGGUUGUGUGUCUGUCGAAUAUACAUCACGGCCAGGGCUGGUCUGUUUUUCUUCUUAAAA